UUUAUAGCUGCUAAUGUCACCUUGAUGGAUUUUAAGUUUGACUGAGGCACAUCUCUUAAUCAUUUUGGACUUAAUUUUUUUUUUUUGCUGUUUUUUUUUAAAUGAGAACCUUCAGACUGGCAAGUUUUAUUGAAAUCACUGGGGCAAAAUGGCUCAGGAUAUGACUGAGAAAGAGCUAAGGAAAAUGGAAUUAGAUCAACUGAAGAAGGAAGUGAAGACUGAAAGACAAAUGGUCUCCAAGACAGCAAAAGAACUCAGAGAUUAUAUAGAAUCUAUGGCUGCAGAAGAUCCUCUCUUAAAAGGUAUCCCAGAAGACAAGAACCCAUUCAAGGAGAAGGGAGGUUGUACAAUAAGCUGACCCCAGCCCCACCAAGAGAAGAUCUUUGUUGCUCUCCUUAUGUACUACUAGGACUGUAUGAAUUACGUUUAUCCAUAUACAAUCAGUCUAAAUCAGGAUUGGGGAACCUACGGGCCUCCAAAUAUUACUGAAGCACAAUUUCCAGCAGCUCUAUGCAAUAUGAUCAGUGAUGAAAGAUGCUGGGGGGCUGACAUUCAGCAAUAUCAGAAGGGCCACAGGUUCCCCAUCCUUAGAUAUUUUCUGCAGGAUGGAAUUUAACCAUGCCACAGAAAAAAGGAAGUGGAUCAAGUUCACGACCAAGAUACAUA